CCUACAAAAUAAGAUGACAAAUUUGUGAAACGAAUAUUAUUUUUGUUAGCUUUUGCUAUGCCUCCAGGUUUAUUUAAUUGCGCAAAACGAAAUAAAAUCUUGAGGUACUUGCUCAAGACCAAAGAAUGCAGAGCUAGAAUUAAAGCGGAUCAGAUCAACGUUUUGAGGAAGCAGUAUGACGCUUUUUUAGAGGAGGAUAAAAAACGCAAAGAGCGCAAUGAACAUAUCCUGGAGAAGCUCCACAAUAUGCGCCUGUCUAACACUGUGGCACGAUACAAGUCCAAUGUCUAUCUAGACCAAAGAGUAUCUUUUAACUGCACCGGGGAAGCGCCGAUUAACAUAUACCCUCAUCCACAAACAAAUCAGCCAGCUAUGGUUAAUACUCUGAGGAAGUUUAGAGAAACUGCGACACCCACGGAUCCAGGUAUUCUCACCAAGCCCAUGGACGAGACGUACAUCCUCAACGAAAUCAGCAAAACAUAUAUACUGAUACCUAAGUUAAGAUCAAUUGCUGGCGAAGAUUACAUUCCCAGAGCAAUAAAACAGGAUAACAAUAACGACGGAGAUUGGAAGAGUAAAUAUAGCAUUUUAGAUAAACUCAAACAGAAUGAAAAAGAGGAGACAAAUAGCUUUUCUGUUUUAAAAGACAACGGUAAGAGUUUCUUACAUGACAUCCCAACCAAAGAACAUAAAUACAGGUUUGAUGAUGAAGGAAAUUCGCCAAAAGAUGAGAUCGCAGAACAGGAUGUGGCUGCUAAAUACGCAACAGACCCUUUGGCUUGUCAAGAUGAAAACGGAACGAUAAAUAAAAUUACUACCGAUAUUAAGAAGGAAAAAACCAUAAGACAGUCUGAGGUAGCUCCAAAUUUAAACACUCAUUCCACGGCAUUAAAAACGGAUACAGAUAAUGGAGGACAAUUACAGCAGCCAAACAGAGGUACAGCGGGUUUUGGGGUAUUGACUGAGCAAUACACUUAUCCCACACAAGAAGUUCAGUUAGCUUCGCAUGAAACCGGGGGUCGAAAUAAUGAUCCAAUAUACAAUGAUAAACAUGAAAAUGAAGAUAACGAAAAACUGUCUCCUGUUGUAAACGAUAUAAGGCAUGUAGAAGAAAUUGAUCCUAUUAAACCUGAAGCACAAAAAACAACAAGUGAUUAUUCGAACACAGGUAAUUCUGAAAAACUGCAAUAUCCAAUUGACAUUAUAAAUGUUCAGGACUUUACGCCGGCAGAAGGCGUAAAGUUGGUAGAUGGAGUGAAUAUUAAUCCAGAUAAUCAAGCCGUACAGGAGACAUAUAAGGCACCUAGUGACCAGAACGUUGUUCAAGCACCAGCGGAACAUGCAUAUCAGCCAAAGGCCCACCAACCACAAGGUGAUGAUCAGUACGGGUCCCAACCAACAGGCUCUUCUGAGGAAGUAUAUCUACCUGGGGCUAAUCAGCCACCUGGUGGAGAACAUUACGUUUAUAACCCAACUGCUGUUGGAUCAGGUGCUCCUGAUGAGAAAGCUUAUCUACCAGGGGAUCAGCAGCCGCUAAGUGGUGAUCAGUAUGUCUCUGAACCAGUUGCAGUUGCCGCAGAGCAGCAAGAGCAUAUUACAGAGAAUACAGAACAGCACCGACAAGGUGCUUACGAUCAAACUGGGGACGUGACAUCAGAAAUCCAAGCAUUUGAAGAUGAGCAGAACCAAAUGUUUUAUUCAGAACAGGCAAAUUACCAAGAUUACAAUCAAGAUCCAAAUGCUGUGGGUGAUGGUUACAGUGCUGACACAAAUUACGAUCCCUCACUCUUGUAUGGAGAUGUACAGCAGGAGGCUGCAUAUCCUGCGGAAAUAAACGAACACGAAGAAACUUCACAACGGUAUGAUCCUAGUUACGAGGAGCAGUAUGCGGCCAAGGAUGCAGAGCAACUGUAUGCUGAACAACAAUAUAGCGAUCAGCAAUACACUGAACAACAAUAUAGCGAUCAGCAAUAUACUGAACAAGGACAAUAUGGUGACCAACCUUAUGCUGAACAACAAUAUGGUGAACAACAGCAAUAUGAUGGACAACAAUAUGCUGAACAGCAAGAAUAUACCGAUCAACCUCAAGGCGAACCUGUGAUAGCAACACUUCAAGAAUAUGAUCAAGCAUAUCCAUUACAAGAGCAGACCAUGGAGCAAAUUGAACAACAACUGGAUAAUGAGGAAAUUAACGUUCCAAGUCAAGAUGCUGUGGGUGAUAUUGUGGACGAAUCUAUAAUGUACGCUCAGAAUGAGGGGGAAGUGCCUGCUACUGAACAAUACGUUGAAAACCAGAAUCCAGAGCCGAUCUCUCCUAAACUCUAAAAAUAUAUAAUAAUAUUUGCACAACAUUUCAAGAGAUAUGUUAAUUAAUCAGAAUAAAUAUUUAUCCUUUUAGAAUUACCUGUAGUAAAAAAGAGCAGAUUUUUUUUUUCUGCCAAGUAAAAUAGUUUACGCCUAUGUCCUGACUGUUCUGAGGCCCUACUGCAAAAAAAAAAAGAAAAUCGUAUUUUUUCAUCUGCUUCUGUAUCAUUCAAAUAUGCAGGAGGGAUAGAGAGGCAGAUAUCGAAAUUUCGGUUUUCCUUUUUCGCAGUAGGCCCUCUGUUCUGUUGCACAUAUUAGCCAGCAGAUUUAUUUUGUAAAAUUAUCUGUGUCAUCAUAAAUAAAUAAAUACAUUACUGUUCUAGUUUUAUAUUGCAUUAUGACUACAUUAGUUCAUGAACUUGAUUUAUUCAGGUAGAGGCAUGCUUUGCAGCACUUCAGCUUGCACAGGGAAGAGUGGUUCCACGGGCUUCUUCCAAUGAUACUCUACCCAAGGAAGUCUGUCCAGCCCUGUAGCCCAGUGGUGAAUUCUGCACCGCACAUUGACUGUUUCUUUUUUAUUAAUCUGUAACAACAUAGUUUACCAUUUUAUUAAAAUAUUUAGAAAUAUUUAUUUCACAUUUUUAUGCAGUGCAAUAGCACUUAAGUACAGUCGCCAUCAGAUAUAUGCAAAGCAAAUCAAUUCAAAAUGAAUGCUAUUAAAUAUUUAUCAUUCAAAUCAAAACCAUCAUUUAAAAGUAAAUUCUACCAGCAAACAUAAGAAAACAACUAAAAAUUUGCAUUUGAUUACUUUGCUUCAAAUGUGAAUAAAAUGCAACUUUCUUAUCAGUUUUUGAACAGUCUUGAAGAGAGCCUUUACCAGCUGGUGUGGAGAAAAAAUAUUUUUCAUUUUUACAUGUUUAAUAAGACUGAGUUGUAUGUUUAAUAAGACAAUUAUGUUUUGACA